AUGGAAUCAAAAUUUCCAGAUCUUCGUUUCUUCCGUGCCCAAGAGAGUAAGUAUUGAGAAUGGUUAGAGACCAAACUCAUGUCUAGUUUACCUAUGAUCACUUUGAAAUAGGUUGAGGACUACACGAUUGGUUACAUGAAGCAGGUGAAGCUAACAUGAUUUUAUCUUUCUGUUUUUUUUUUCAGGGAGUUUCUUGGACCCUCUAGAAUACUGCAGAGUGGGAGAACGUGAGAUCAGCUCAAAGAGAAAGUCUGAGGAGCCGCUCAAUGAAAGACCCAGCAAGAGGAGCAGGACGAGCCUAAGUCCCUCCAACAGCUGCAACCUGACUGUCCACUGUCCUUCAUUGAGUUCAGACUCCUCCACUAAGUCUUCUGUCUGCUCAGGUAAGAUGAGAAAGAAAUGACAGAAAAGUUAAUUAAGCUUGUGUUAAUUGGGUAAAUGCUACUUUGAGACAUAAGAGCAAGUCAUGUAUCAGAUAAUUGGAACUGGAUAGUCAUGUACCAGUGUGCCUGGUUUGGCAUUUGAUGUUGGCUCUCUGAUUUUUUAAUUCAUGUCAAUCUUAUUCUGGCUGGCUUCCAUAAAUAAUAUGUUUAUUUUUGUGUCCUCUCUUGUCUUCUCGUUUGUCUCCUUUUUUCAGAAGACAGUUGGUUCCCCUCUCUGUCCACCAGUAAGUCUGUGCCAAAGACGAAGAGCAGCAGUAAAAGAAAGGCCCCCACUGAUGUGACUGAAGAGAGCCCAAGAAAGAGAAGCAGGCUCACCAUCACUGCUGAAGACCACCUUGAGACCUCCAAAGGGAACCUUGACAUCUCAUCAGCAGAGAUCAGCAAUUCUAACACAAGAGGUAAGAUGGCAAAGAAAUGCAAUUUUUACAUAAAGGCCUUAUGAAUUUAAAUGUUGAGUAUGUUUGAUCAUUGGAGUACAAUUCUUAGUAGUAAGUAAGACUAUUUUUAUCAAACUGUUUUCGUGUGUUUCUUGUUUUUGUAGCUGCCUUCCAAGCAAAAUACACAGAGAGGGGCCUGCUUGGAAAAGGAGGAUACGGGUCAGUCUAUGCUGGAUAUAGAAAUGAGGACAAUCUACCGGUAAGAUUAAAUGUUCCAUACACUUAUGUACCAGUGUAUAUAACAUACCCCUGCUUUUUUGCUUUGUACUCAGUGUGAGCUAACCAUGGUCUUCCUGUGUUUCCUCUAGGUUGCCAUCAAACAUAUUCCUCAAUCGGGCGUUAAGUGCAUAUCAGUAAGUAAGGAACUGUGUCCACUCACAGCUGUUGAUUUUUAUAAACUGACAGCGCCCAAUACCUCAGUUUCAGACACUUUUCACAAUGUUACAUUGUUAAAAAAACGUCCUCUGUCACUUCAGUUCCAUGACAAGUGACUGAUUUUAGUCUGUGAGAAAAUGCUCCAUAUGUUCUUAUUCAAUUUUUUUAUAUUAAGAUCAAAGAGGAAAACAUCGACUCUGUCCCCCUGGAGGUGGUGAUGAUGCAGAAAGUGCAGUCAGGAACCCCAGGAACCAGUGCAGCCGUGGCCCUGCUUGACUGGUACGAUCUAGAAGAGGAGCUGAUACUCAUCCUAGAGAGACCAGUGCCCUGCAUGGAUCUGUAUGAUGUGUUAACAAAAGGAUGCCGCAUGACAGAGAAUGGUAAAUAAAGUAAGUACUUGAUGAAAUGUGUUUUGCAAUGUUUUCUUUUUAUACUGUCUGUCUCCACCAUGAUACUCAAUCUGUAUAUAUCUCUCUUUCCACCUCAGAUCCUGACAAAACAGCUGGUAGAUGCCCUCAUAGAGAUCCACUCAAGAGGAGUUUUCCACAAAGACAUCAAGGUGGACAACAUCCUGAUCGAGUAUGGCUCUGCAAUCCCGCGUGUGAGACUUAUAGACUUUGGCUGCGGCACUUUUCUGACUGAGGGGACGUACCAUUCAGGGCAAGGUAAGCUAUCUCUCAAUGAACAUUGUUUUUUAAGGGCUUUCCACAAACAUCAGAUAGUCAGUCAAUGUAAAAAAGUAGGCAACUUGCAGUGUUAGCAGUCACUGUAUGAAUUGAGUUUGAGAUUUUAAAAAAUUAGAUAUUAGUAAGUUUUUUUAUUUAUCUUAUUUAGCCUUUAUUUAACCAGGUAGGUCCCAUUGAGAUCAAAGAUCUCUUUUUCAAGGGAGACCUGGCCAAGAGGGCAGCAGUGAAGUUACAUUACAAAAGAAAACAAUAACACAUAAAAUAUAAAAUUUACAGCAUUCAAACUUUCUCACAUAACACACGUGCAUACAGACAGUGUAGACUGCAGACCUUUUACAGUAGCUUUAAACUCACUCAAUGUAACUAGGGCUUUAAGUUGAAGUUUAAAUUGUAAUUUAUUCCAAGCAUCAGGUGCUGCAAACCUAAAUGCUUUCUUGACCAGUUCAGUUCGUAACAAAUUGCAGAACAAGUUUGCAGUGGCCUUUCUUGCCAACAGCAAGUGUGUGUGGAAAGCCCUGUUCUCUUUUUGAAACCUACCAAACAAAGUUGCUGUGUCAGUCCACAACAUCUUUCCUAAUCUCCUCUGUGUGUGUGUCUUUUGUAGGAACCCCUGAUUUUAGCUCCCCUGAGUGGUUCAUCACUAAGAGCUACAGAGCUGAACCAGCUACAGUAUGGCAGCUUGGAGUAGUAGUUUAUGCUAUGGUUCAUGGAUGCUAUCCUUUUGAUACCACUAACGAAAUCAUUAACAAAGAGCUAAAUGUCGACGAAAAACUUUCCAACAGUAAGUAAUCACACCCACAUAAAGUCAGUUUAAGCACAGUUAGAUCCACAGUAAGUGUUUGUAUCUGACCAUUGAUCAUUUCUGUUUUGUCUCUCCAGACUGCAAGGAUUUUCUGUUUAAGAGUCUGUCCAAAAAUCCUGAGACUAGAGCAACCCUGGCAGCACUAAGGGACCACCCAUGGCUAGUAUAA